AUGCGGAAACUCCCAUCUGAAACUCUCCGACAGUACGCUGAACGAUAUUGGCAACUGUUCAACAAAAUUCCUGGAAUCGAUGAGUACUGGGCCGCAAGAACCUUCAAAAAUGGCUUGGAAAUUUGCAGCAAGAUUCUGGAUGAACUUGCUAUUCGCCCACCCCAUGACAUGGGCGAGUUGAUGCACAUCGUGGAACGGUUCUGCGCUCUUGAAAAAUUUUACACGGACCGUGCGGCUCAAGGGCUAACGAACUCAACUACAAGCUUCCCAACGGUCACACCUCAGCUGCCAGCACCAGUAACAACGCAGCAGCCUUAUCCAAAGAAACUUGUCCACAACAUCAAGGAAGGAAAGAAGCGCCAGCCAAAGGUACAUGACUAUGUGGCCGAGACCACAUACUUCAAAGAACUCAUCUGGUGUUUUUUGAAGGAAAUCAUGAGGCAACCAUGGUUUGAAUGGCCAACAGGAAAGCUGGACACAAACACUGGCCAAGCAGAUCAGAACCCACGAAAGAAGUGCUCAUACCACAACGAGCUCGGUCAUUACACAACCGCAUGCGCACCAUACAAAGCACUAUUGGGGUGUUUGGCAGCACAAGGCCAUCUCGAUCAGUACAUCGAUCAAACCAAAACACCCAUCCGUCCACCUGCUGGCAAUCCCAACCCAAAUGAACCGCAGUCGACUAUACACGUUAUUCACGGCCCCGUGACAAAGGAAUUUGAAUCCAAUUUUCGGGCCGACCUCAAUAGCGCAUCCACUUCCAAAUAG